UUCUCACUUCCUGAUCAUGUCGUUUAGCGAAGUGGUUAAAGCAAUGUAAGGCAAACUUGUUCCACAGUUUGAAGGCAGGCUACACUCGGUGCUUCAGCUUACGGGGAUUUGUAUACCGAAAAAUUCCCCAACAACAAGAAUUUAACAUAGUAAUGUACCUGGCCGUUGUGGUUUGUGUGCUGGCGUUCUCCCGGGCCACCCUGGCCCUAGACAACGGCCUUAUGAGGACCCCUCCCAUGGGCUGGUUGGCAUGGGAACGCUACCGCUGUGACAUAGACUGCGAGAACGAUCCCAAGAACUGCAUCAGUGAGAACCUGUUCAGGGACAUGGCUGACAGGCUGGCGGAGGAUGGCUGGAGGGAGCUGGGCUACGUGUACAUCAAUAUAGACGACUGCUGGUCCUCCCAUCAGAGGGACAAGAAUGGACAACUGCAGGCCGACCCCAAAAGGUUUCCAGGGGGUAUCCCCAAGCUGGCGCGCUACCUGCACGACCGCGGGCUGAAGCUGGGUAUCUACGGGGACAUGGGCACCCUGACAUGCGGGGGGUACCCCGGCACGCCCGUGGACAAGAUAGACAUCGACGCCAAGACCUUUGCUGCCUGGGAGGUGGACAUGCUGAAGUACGACGGCUGCUACUCCAACGCCACGGAGCAGGAGCAGGGCUACCCACUCAUGUCCAAGGCCCUGAAUGCAACUGGCCGGCCAAUCGCCUACUCUUGCAGUUGGCCUGCCUACCAAGGUGGACUUCCUCCCAAGGUGAACUACACCCAACUGGGGGAGAUCUGUAACCUGUGGCGUAACUAUGACGACAUCCAGGACUCCUGGUCCAGUGUGUUGACCAUCUCUGAUUGGUUCUUUGAGAACCAGGAUGUCCUCCAACCAGCAGCAGGCCCUGGGCGCUGGAACGACCCGGACAUGCUGGUCAUCGGAGACUUUGGGCUGAGCUGGGAUCAGUCUCGGUCUCAGAUGGCGUUGUGGGCCAUCAUGGCUGCUCCUCUCUUCAUGUCGAACGACCUGCGCACGCUGGACAGCCGCGCGCGCGCCAUCCUGCAGAACAAGGCGGCCAUCUCCAUCAACCAGGACCCCAUGGGCGUCCAGGGCAGACGCCUGCUCAAGGAGAAGAGUGGUAUUGAUGUGUUCUGGCGCCCCCUGUCUGGUAACACCAGCACGCUGGUGUUCUUCAGCAGGAGAGACGACAUGCCUUACCGCUACCAGACCUCCCUGGCCACACUCAAAUACCCCUCUGGGAGCUACCAGAUCUAUGACGUGUUUGCAGAGAGGGUCAUGCCCACCCUGAAAGCCUCCACAGACUUCGUGGUGUCUGUGAACCCUACAGGUGUGGUCAUGUGGUACGUGUCAUCGCCCGCUGGAGAGAAGCACUGGACACCCACCUCCAACGCUCUCCCCAACCACUUCCUGUAGCUGCCCCAACCACUUCCUGUAUCUGCCCCACCCACUUCCUGUAUCUGCCCCACCCACUUCCUGUAGUCCCCCCUCCUCUCUGAUGACACCUUGAAGCAAAGAAAUUAGCACAUUCAUGUUUUUUUGAUUCAGUGAUAAAAACAAAUCAAAAUGUUACAGAAGCUGAAUCAGAAUGAUUGAUUUUUUAAACUUUUAUACUGGAACCAUGAAGUGGUCGUAGAGAUGGAUGCUUGGUGACAUCAUUGGUCUCUCAGGGAUAAAACUAAGUACAGUCAACUUCCCCCCCCCUCAUCACCAUGGUAACUGGGGGGGCAGACAAGGGGGGGUUAGGACUGUGUGCUCUGCAAUUAUUUUAAUACAGCCAGUGAUUUUUUUUUGUGUCUGUAUGUUUUACCUUCUCAAUAAAAGGCACUUUAAUGACAAGC